AUGGGGUUCUCAACCGCAGCCGAGUUCGAUCAGGCAAGACCACGUCCAGUAGCUAACCGUGCUUUUCAAACCGUGCAAGAUACAUUUGUCGCUGGUGUCACCAAAGAUAAAGAAUGGAGACGCCAACAAUUGAAGCGCACAUGGUGGAUGGUCGAAGAAAAUAAGGAUCGCAUCGCAGCUGCGCUUCACGAUGACCUCCACCGACACCGUCAGGAGUCCAUAUUUUCCGACUGCGCUGGCCUUCAGAAGGAUGUCCUUCGCACUCUCAAGAGUCUUGACGAGUGGAUGAAGGACGAUAAGCCGACUAGAUGGGAUAUCCUCAACUUCAUGGGCGGCACAACCGUUCGCAAGGAGCCUAAGGGUGUGGUCCUUGUCAUCGGCGCCUGGAACUUUCCAGUCCUGCUAAUUCUGCAGCCCAUGGUCGCUGCCAUCGCUGCUGGCUGUGCCGUGAUCCUUAAACCAUCGGACAUGGCGCCUGCGUGCCAAGAUUUGAUGAUGGAGCUUAUUCCGCAGUACUUGGAUUCAAGUGCUAUCCGUUGUAUCUCUGCUGGUCCGCAAGGGAUGCAGCAUAUUCUUGAGCGCCGCUUCGACCAUAUUUUCUACACUGGCUCCGGGAACAUCGGAAAGAUUGUUUAUACCGCGGCUGCAAAGAAUCUUACACCCGUCACACUGGAGCUCGGUGGCCAGGGUCCAGCUAUUGUCACACCCACAGCCAACAUUGACCUUGCGGGCAAGCAUAUUGCAGCCGCCAAGUUCAUGAACGCUGGCCAGAUCUGUCUGAAUGUGAAUCACAUUCUCGUGAACCCACAAGUCCACGAUGCCCUAGUCAAGGCUUUAACCCACCACUUCAACAUCUUCAUGGGCGGCGAGGAUAACCGCCCAGAAUACUAUACUCACAUAGUCAAUGAGCGCAACUUUGACCGACUAAACAGCCUCUUAAACUCAACAUCAGGCAAAAUAGUCUACGGCGGCCAACGCGAUCGCUCCACCCGUUUCUUCGCUCCUACUAUCGUCACAGGCGUGAAACCCGGCGACAGCCUCCUAUCAGAGGAAAUCUUCGGUCCAAUUCUCCCCAUAAUCGAAGCAGACCUCGACACAGCUCUCGAAUUCACCAGAGGAACAGGCCAACCACUGAGCGCCUACGUAUUCACCCAAAACCAAGCCGAGAAAGACCGUCUCCUCAACGAGAUCCAGUCUGGAGGCGUCACGUUCAACGAUUGCAUGCUCCACGCCGGCGCCCAGGGUGCGCCAUUCGGAGGAACGGGAUCAUCAGGCUUCGGUUACUACCAUGGAAUCCAUGGAUUCCGCGAGUUCUCUUACCUGCGUACGGUUACGAAUGCUUUCCCGGCUUGGAUGGAGUCAUUGAUGGAUGCGAGGUACCCGCCUUAUUCGCUGAAGAAGCUUAAGGCUUUUGCGCCGGAUGUUACACCUCCUUUUGAUCGUGAUGGGAAGGAUAUCUCGCAGAGGAGUCUGACGAAGUGGGCCAUUGGCUUUGGAGUGCUGGCGUUUUCGGCUGUGAAGCUCGGCGUGCAAGAGCGCGUAUUGGAUUUGGCUUCGGAGUGGCUGUAG